CUGCUACUCGGAAAACUAACGCUAGCUGGCUAGCUAGUUAGUAAGCUAGCGUUGUGCUGUUCGUUGAUGCGUGGAUCGGAGGUAUACAGCGGCUUGUUUUCCAGUCAAUGCCAAAACGCAAAAACAAACGCAGAUUAAGCAAGAUCAAUAAGUGCCCCCUUAGCUGGAGUAAGGUAAUUGAAAAAGCUGAAUAAAAUGAGUGAACUUGACCAGUUACGCCAGGAGGCAGAGCAACUCAAAAAUCAGAUCAGAGAUGCUAGGAAAGCAUGCGCAGAUGCCACACUAUCACAGAUCACAGCUAAUAUCGACCCUGUUGGGCGAAUCCAGAUGCGUACAAGACGAACGCUGCGGGGUCAUUUGGCUAAAAUUUAUGCCAUGCAUUGGGGAACAGAUUCCAGGCUUCUAGUCAGUGCCUCUCAAGAUGGCAAACUCAUUAUUUGGGACAGCUAUACCACAAAUAAGGUCCAUGCCAUUCCACUUCGAUCUUCCUGGGUCAUGACUUGUGCAUAUGCACCUUCAGGAAAUUAUGUAGCUUGUGGUGGCUUAGACAACAUCUGUUCAAUUUACAACCUGAAAACACGUGAGGGGAAUGUACGUGUGAGCCGUGAGCUUGCUGGACAUACAGGAUACUUGUCCUGUUGUCGCUUUCUUGAUGACAACCAGAUUGUUACAAGCUCUGGAGACACCACUUGUGCACUUUGGGACAUCGAGACUGGCCAGCAGACAACCACAUUUGCUGGUCAUACUGGUGAUGUCAUGAGCCUGUCCCUGGCCCCUGACUCACGGUUAUUCGUCUCUGGUGCUUGUGAUGCCUCUGCUAAACUCUGGGAUGUUCGAGAGGGCAUGUGCAGACAGACAUUUACUGGUCAUGAGUCUGACAUCAAUGCCAUCUGUUACUUCCCUAAUGGCAAUGCUUUUGCCACUGGUUCUGAUGAUGCCACCUGUAGGCUGUUUGACCUUCGUGCUGAUCAGGAACUAAUGAUCUACUCUCAUGACAACAUCAUAUGUGGUAUCACAUCUGUUGCAUUUUCCAAGAGUGGCCGUCUUCUUCUGGCAGGAUAUGAUGACUUUAACUGUAACGUGUGGGACACACUAAAAGCAGACCGUGCUGGUGUCUUGGCUGGACAUGACAACCGUGUUAGCUGCCUGGGUGUUACUGAUGAUGGCAUGGCAGUUGCAACAGGAUCCUGGGACAGUUUUCUGAAGAUCUGGAAUUGAAGCAUGAAGGUUUUUUCCCCCCACAUUUUUUUGUAUUUGUUCCCAAAGCUAUUCCUAGUAAAACCUGAAGUUGCUGGAGUAGAACAAAAUGUGUUGAUUUUGUCCUCUUACAGUUUACAUAACUGUUUACUCCAUAAAAUGUUUUUUCUUUUGCUAGUCUGCAUAUUUGAGAUACCUGUUUGCUUUGAUUUAUCUUUUUGUUUUAACUUGAUCAUUAAAACAUCUUCUUUACCCCUCAUGUCUCAAAACACUGGACAACUGCUUCUACCUUUUUUUUUUUUUUUUUUUUUUUUUUUUUUUUAAUUUAGGCAGGCACAUAUUGAUAAAUAAAUAUAUUUGGUGGAUGUGCAUUGGCUUUAAUUAAAUUAGCAUGUGUCAAAGAUGUGUUUGAGCCAUUUAGUCAUAUGAGAUUCAUCUCAUUACUGUGGUUUGUUGUAAUGACAACUUUUCUGACAUUAGCCUUAAGUAAAGUAUAAAAAGCAUAAAAACAAACCUCACUUUUUAGUGACUUCAGGUUUUACCAAAUUAUGAUUUUUCAUUACACCAAAUUCUCUGAAGCAGACAUAAAAACAAAGUAAAAUGCCAGAAGAAACAUUACUGGGAAAACGAGCUCAGUUAUAGAUCUGGUCAGAUUAGUUAAUUCUAAAAUGCAUUUAUCUUUGUUUCUCAGAUGUUCUUAUAACUCCAAAGUUGACUGGAAGACCAUUACAACUUCAGAAUGUUCACAGCAUCUUCAACACUGUUUUAACUGACUUGGACACCACAAACACGAAGGGAAACCAAUGCCUUUCCUAUACACAGAAGAGCACAAUUGUUUAUCACCUAGUUAAGAAAGGAUCUCCUGUGGUAUCAAAUCAGAAACUUGUGCAUUCCUUCUUGGACCAUUUUAUGUUACCUUGAAAGAGAAAACACUAUCAUCCCAUGCAAAUGUGUGUGUCUUGAAAGCAAAUGUUGGAGUGUAAUUGUACAAAUUAUUUAACUUUUUUUUUAAGAACUCUAUUCUGAUGGUUUGUUAUUCUUGAUGGCUUUUUGUCAUACUACUUUAGUGGUUUUAGAUAUGUUUGAAUUACAGCUUGUCUUUCUAAUCCAGUUAAAUCAUAUAAGACAGAUGAAAGAAAACAUGCAGAAGUAAAAGCUUGGAUCAUAUUACACAAGCAGCUUUCAAAAUGUCCAUAAUGUAUUUAUAUAUCAGCUGUUUUUUUUCAUCACAGCCUUUUGCACAUGAAGAAGCUUUGCCUCUCAACUAAUACUAUGUUAACUAACCAAGCACAUGCUAUAAGUUAUGAAUGCUCAUUCCAGUACAAAAGGAGUUAUUAACUUAUCCAGUUAACCCCCAAAUAUUUGUACAUGCCUUUGACUUUGGGUGGGAAGGGGUGGGACAGCAAGGUAGGUGCUGAGAUAAUCUGGGCAUGGCUGAAUUUUAUUAUAUGGGGGGAGGGUUGUGUUUAGUAUCCACUUCGAGUGAAACACCUCACCUGACUAAAUAGACACUUCCUUUGCUUGGGACUGCAGUUGCAACUCUGUGAAUGAAAUGUACAAAUCAAUGUCUGAAAAUAAUGGUCUGAUGUUUUAAGUUAAGACAUUUAAGUUUGUCUGCCAUGAGUUAAUUUAGAUGUGCAUGCUGUAGAAUUGCUUUCAAUGGUGCAAAAAUCCUAGAUCUUUUUUGUUUCCGAAAAGGAGAGGUUACCUAUUGAUUGGACUUCAUAGAAGCCAUUCUUUGGCUCAAACUCUGCUUUCAUCAUGUACUAAUACUGGUAAUGCUAUGCACCAGAGUGAGCAGGAAUGGAGAAGACUUAAUAUUGACUUCAUAUUUAGUGUAAUUUAUGCUUACCAGUUCUAUUGAUGCCAAUUUUUAUAAUAAUUAUAACAAUCAUUGUGAAAAUUUAAUCCUCGAUAAGUCCUUUUCUCUCCUUUAAAUCUUUACACUCAACGGAACAAAAACGUCCUCCCAUACUGUCCAUACUGAAACUUUUGUACAUUUUUUCUUGGUCUUAAAUUGAACAUCUGAGCAUCUGAAUGACAUUUCACUGUAUACAGAAGCACUUUUGUUAACGUUGUGACAUAUUUCCACCUAUUUUCUUUUUUUUCUGCAAUGAUGUACAAUAAAUGUGAUGUAUUAGUGUGUGGCCACAAGUGAAAAUGAAAUUCAACUGAGAUGGAUUCCCUUAUCUCUUUCCAUUAAUAUUAUAGAGCUCUGCACCCUUAUGUAUCUUUUCACUUUUUGUAUUUCAUUUCAGUCUGUUGAUGUUCCACGGUGAGCUGGAUGCAAGAUAGAUACUGUACUAAAUUGUACUGUUAUUGAUUGAAAAUGUAAUAAAAAGCUGUUUGAGAUCUCUC